GCCUGUAACUGGGAACCUUCCACACCCUCUUCAAGAGACUUACAGCAGCACCACAGUCACAAUGAAAGUUCUAAUCUCUUCCCUCCUUCUGUUGCUGCCACUAAUGCUGAUGUCCAUGGUCUCUAGCAACCCAAAUCCAGGGGUCGCCAGAGGCCAUAGGGACCAACGCCAGGCUCCUGGGAGGUGGCUUCAGGAAGGUGGCCAACAAUGUGAGUGCAAAGGUUGGUUCCUGAGAGCUCCUAAAAGAAAACUCAUGGCAGUGCCCAGGCUGCCAAAGAAGCAGUGUCCCUGUGAUCAUUUCAAGGGCAACAUGAAGAAAACCAGGCACCGAAGGCACCACAGGAAGCCAAACAAGCACUCCAGAGCCUGCCAGCAAUUUAUCAAACGUUGUCAGCUAGCAAGCUUUGCUCUGCCUCUGUAGGAGCUCUGAGAGCCCACACUCCCAGCGAAACA